AUGACCACUGAGCAUUCUGUGACCUUAUUACUGUCUGUUCAGGUUCGCCCUGGUGUCCGGCUCCAUCAGGCUGUCGCCAUGGAAACAUUGGUUACCCUCCAGUUGGUCCUGGUUGUUUUGGCAACAGUGGAUAUCCCCCGGGCGGCUGUGGGGUCUCCUCUGCGGGCCGGACUGGCUGUCAGUCUGGGUCACCUGGUGGCUGUGAGUGCGACAAGUUGUGGGAUGAACCCAGCGAGGUUGUUCGGUCCGGCUGUCGUCCCUCUCGACUUCAACAACCACUGGGUGUUCUGGGUGGGGCCUGCUCUGGGGGCGUGUCUCGCUGCUCUCCUCAACAAUCUGUUGCUGCGGCCUUGCUGGCGUCACAGUGGCAACUGGUGGGCGGAGCUGAAACAGCUGUAUGUGCUGACAGACAAACAACAGCAGGGGGUGCUGUCAGACAUACACACAUAA